UCAGUGCGUAUACAUAUAUAUUUAUACGUAUAUAUAUAUAAUAUAUAUAUAGUUGUGGUAUAUAUACGGCUUUAGAAGCGCAAAUCCAGCAAUUUGUUGUGUGAUCCCAUCGUCUAUCUCUCUCUCUCUUUCUUUUUUCUUUCUCUCAUUUUUUUGAUCUGUGAAUCUGCGAGAGGCCAUUUUUUUUUUUCUUUUGGGUUGUUUGAUUGUUUUUUGAGAUUAGGGUUAGGGUUUUUGGAGAUGGGCCAACAGUCUUUGAUCUACAGCUUCGUGGCUCGUGGAACGGUGAUUCUCGCUGAGUAUACGGAGUUUACAGGGAAUUUCACCAGCAUCGCCUCGCAAUGUCUCCAAAAGCUCCCAGCUUCAAACAACAAGUUCACAUACAAUUGCGAUGGCCACACCUUCAAUUACCUCGUCGAAAAUGGAUUCACUUAUUGUGUAGUUGCAGUUGAAGCUGCUGGUAGACAAAUUCCCAUUGCGUUUUUGGAGAGAGUUAAGGAAGAUUUUAACAAAAGAUAUGGUGGAGGAAAAGCAGCAACUGCUGUUGCCCAUGGCCUGAACAAGGAGUUUGGGUCUAAAUUGAAGGAGCACAUGCAAUAUUGUGUGGAUCAUCCUGAAGAGAUCAGCAAACUUGCAAAAGUGAAGGCUCAGGUUUCUGAAGUUAAAGGUGUUAUGAUGGAAAAUAUUGAGAAGGUUCUUGAUCGUGGUGAGAAGAUUGAGCUGUUGGUGGAUAAAACUGAGAAUCUUCGUUCCCAGGCUCAAGAUUUCAGACAACAGGGAACUAAGAUGAGAAGGAAGAUGUGGCUUCAGAAUAUGAAGAUAAAAUUAAUUGUUUUGGGAAUCAUCAUUGCCUUGAUUCUCAUAAUUGUAUUGUCAGUUUGCCGUGGUUUCAAUUGUUAAAUUGCUGUGGAGUUCCCUUGGAAUUUUUCCUGCGUCCACACUUCUCAAGUACUGGUAAAGCUCCUGCUUUGCACCUUGCAGAUCUGUGUCUCUUGGGGUUUCUUAGGUUAUGCCUAUCUCCUUCUGCUAGACAUUUAGGAUGAUGGGGAGGGUUUGUAUUCUGGAUUGCUUGUAUAGUUAUUAUGUUUUUACCUUUUCUAGGUAUAGAUAAAUCUCUAUAUGAUUUGUGUAUUUGGAUAUUUUUAUUUAAAAUGUAAUUGAGCAAUAUUUGGAUGAUUGCA